AACACGUCGCUAGGUGGCGCUGCUGUAUGCAGGUGCAGAUCAACAGGCAUUCCCAAGAUGGCGACAGACAAGGCGGAAGUAGAGCGCAAGAUCGCUCAACUUUGCAAGAAAAUCGACUCAUUCGGACUCUCGGACCAAGAUAUCUAUCGAGUCAGCUCUGUGAAGAAGUUGAGCGGACGCCGUGUCACAUGUGGGGGGAUACUCUGCGCUACAGCCGCGGUGCUAGCUGUGGUUGUAGCGGCGGUGGCCAUCGGUCUGGGCACGGGUCUGAUUCACCCCAUGGUGCGUAGGAAGCUGACCGAACACCUGUUCGCCUUUCUGGAGGGAGACGUGGAGAAGGAGUCCUGCAUCUUCCCCUUCAUAGAGGAGCUCCAGGACCCCUUCCGUCCGCCCGUCAACUGCCAGAUCUGUGUGGACAUCCAGGAAGUGGACAGGGUUCGGAACCUGAAGCCAGACGAUUUUAUGGCAAGGUACGCCUACACAGGGAGACCUGUGAUAGUGGAGGACGGAGCCCAGAGCUGGACAGCUUCUGAGUACUUCAGCUUUGACUACUUCAAGUCGGUCUACAAGCCAGACAGCCCCGCCCUGAUGAACGAGGAGAGCCACUGUCAGUUCUUCCCGUACAAGACCAACUUCGAGAGUCUGGGAGACGUCUUCAACAUGAGUAAGGAACGGGCAAGUCUGGAGGAUGGAUCGGAGCCCUGGUACAUCGGAUGGAGUAACUGCGAUGCUGCAGCAGCCAAUGAUCUGCGGAGGCACUACGAGCGACCGUACUUCCUCCCGUCCGAGGCAGAGUCCAGUAAGACUGACUGGAUCUUCAUGGGAAGCCCCGGCUAUGGAGCCCACCUGCAUAUUGAUGCAGUGGACAAACCGUCCUGGCAGGCUCAGGUGAAAGGGACCAAGGAGUGGACGAUGGAGCCCCCGCCUGAGUGUUACUUCGAAUGCCCCAACACACUGAAGGUUACCGUACACCCAGGGGAAAUAAUUGUGCUGGACACAAACAAGUGGUUCCACAAGACCUUGAUCAUCGGCGAUGAGAUGAGCAUCACAAUUGGUUCGGAGUACGACUAGAGAUGUGGACGUCAUUAACAUACAGAUAGUGCUGAGAGCCUACUCUCCAAGCAGAGGUUAGGCCUCGGGUGUUUUUUGAUGUUUUUAAGGUGUUUUAUGGGGGUCGUGAGACAUCACUAAAAUGGUACAAAAUAGAAAGCCCAAUAAAAACACCUAAAGAACGUCAAAAACAGCCAGAGCCUAAACCCUGCUUAGAGAAUACUGGGAGUCCAUAUUUGCAAUAUUUUACAAGCAUUUAGAGAGGAUAUUUUUGGAGGUAAAAAAGUUUUACAAUAUAAGAAUAUAGGGGAGGUGAAAGGCGUUUUAAACAAAUGGGAAGAUGGCAAUUGAAAUGAUAGCUUUUUGCAGGUAAAGGUGUUCUUAAGAUUUUUGAUAUGAAAUAAUCCCACCUGGUUAAUACAAAACAUUUAUACAUGUACCUAAUUCAGGGCUACAACUGCAAGUGAAAUUUCAAAACAAGCAAUCUUCCAGGUACAUGUAUCAUGAUAAGCUUGCAUCUGUAUCAGAUAUAGUAUUAGUGGGAUCACAGUUUGAAAUGCACAUGCUCGAGGUCAAAGGUAAAGGCCCCUGACUUGUAACCAUGCUUUAUGUAUGUCUCAGGGGCCUCAACUUUGACAUAGUACCCACAAUGCAUCACACUAUGCAUACACAGUUUGAACAGUGAACACGCUUAUUCAAAAUUCUGAUCUAAAAAUGGCCUUAAUACUUAAAGGUUGGAAAGUCUAGCUACCCUUACCAAAGAAAUAGUUCUAGUUUAUGCAAGAAGCUUUUAAAAACAUUGGAGUAUAUGUAGUGCAUGUAGAUGUUAGUUGGCUAACGUUUAUGAUAUGGACCACUGGUGAUGGCUUUUACAAUAGGUUUUAAUCAGAUCAGAAUAAAAAGGUGUUUCCAAUCAUGUGCAGGCAAAGUAGAGAGAAGAUUUUGUAAAGGCUGUUAAUCAAAGUGAACAAGUCAAGCAAUAUCAGUGAACAACAGCUUUAUUUUUGUAAGAGGCAACUUGUAUUUUUGGAGAGUGACUGUUGUAUACUUUCAUGCCAUGAAAACUUGUAGGGAUUCUCAAACGUGUACAGAUAAACUGCAUUUAGUCAUUAUGGUUGCAGUUUGGGUAUUGUGAUUAUCUAAACUUUGCAUUUAAAGCAUUUAUACUAACUAGUGUGUUUUUGGUAAUUUGCUGGCCAAUUAAUUAUGAACUUUGUGCAAUCGUGUGGUGAUUUUAAUAAACAGGCUGCAAAAUGA